AUGGGUGGGAACCGAAAUCCCAGCAAAGGGAGGGAGAAAAACAUCACAAUGUCUGGAGCUGAGAUGUGAGGGGCCGGCUGGGAGUUUGUGUCCUGCAAUUCCCUUCCCCUGUGUCCCUGACAUUCCCCUCCCCUGCACUCACAUCUCCAGCCUGGGCUACUGGGUUCUCCAGAGAUGGAACCAAGGAGGUUAGAGGGGAAAUGGGAGAAUGAAGAGCCGGACACUGAGGAGCCUCUGCCCACAAUAAAGAGGGAAAUGGAUCCCGUUCCUGGGGCCGCUUCCCCAUUGGCUGAAUCAGAAAUAUUACAGAUAAAGGUAAAGGAGGAAGAACCGGACUCUGCAGAUCAUCAGAUCCCAAUGGAAAUCUUGGCCGUUCCCAUUACUGAUGGGGGUAGGUGCUUGACCAGUGGAAACCGCUGUGAAAUUUCCAGACUGCGACCAGGUGACCCAUUCCCCGAGGCGGAGCCCGGCGCUAUGUACGGCGAGUGCUCAGAGAGACCUGAAUUACUGGGUUUUAUUUGCUGUUAUUGUGGAACCAGUAUCUCAGGCAGCAGCGCACAGGGGCACCUACUGACUUGUAGUGUCGGAAUCUCACGCAGGGGAAGCGACGGGCGAGUGAAACCAUUUAUGUGCAACAAGGUUUCCCCGACAGAGAAACCAUUCAGGUGCAGCGGAUGUGCCAGUCAGUUUUCCCAUAGGAGCAGCCUGCGGGUCCACGAGAGAGUUCACACGGCGGAGGGGCUGUUUCCAUGUACAGAAUGUGGCAAAGUCUUUUAUCGUAAGGGCAACUUCCUGGCACACCGGAGAAUCCACACGGCUGAGACGCCGUUCCCGUGCCCGGAAUGUGGCAAGAGCUUUUCCCAAAAGAGCAAUCUGCUGGCGCACGAGCGGAUUCACACGGGGGUCAAACCCUUCACGUGUUCCGAGUGCGCUAAAAGCUUUGCCGUAAAGAGCAGCCUCUUGUCCCACCAGAAGGUGCACACGGGGGAGAAACCAUUCACCUGCGGCGAAUGCAGCAAACAGUUCUCUCACAGUUACCAGCUCCGGAUACAUCUCAGCGCUCACACCGGCGUCGACCCCUUCCCCUGCACCGAGUGCGGCAAGACUUUCACUCUAAAGUACAGACUGACCAAGCACCAGAGAACCCACACCGGGGAGAAACCCUUUAGAUGCACAGAAUGUGGCAAAUGCUUUUCUAUUAAAAACGAGCUUCAGAAACACCAGAGAAUCCACACCGGGGAGAAACCCUUCAUGUGCGCAGACUGCGGGAAAAGCUUCACUCUAAAGGACCGGCUCAACAAGCACCGGAGAGUUCACACCGGGGAAAGACCCUUCAAAUGUCUGGAAUGCGGCAACCGUUUCUCGGCAAAACACGGGCUUCUGAAACACCAGAGGUCCCACACGGGGGAGAAACCCUUCACCUGCAGCGAGUGCGGGAAAAGCUUCGCUCAGAAGAGUACGUUGGAGAUCCACGAGAGAAUUCACACAGGCGAGAGACCGUUUAAAUGCAACGACUGCGGAAAGAAUUUCAUUCAUAGCACUAACCUGCACAGCCACCAGAAAAUCCACACCGGGGAGAAACCAUUCACCUGCGCCGAGUGCGGCAAAAGCUUCUCUUUGAGAAACAAACUUGUCAGACACCAGAAAAUCCACAAAUAAAAGUCGUAAAGGAACAGGCCAGGGAUCUCCAACCUUAAUUACCCAUGAGUCACGUUGGGGAGAACCCAAGCAAGGAAAAACUUAAUAAGGGCUGUGAUUGGCUAUUUGGUAUUUUGGCAACCAAAACUUGCCUCUAAGCCAGAACUCAAAAAUAAGCAAAUGUUUUGGGGCCACAGGGAGAAACAUCUAAGGGGUUGGUGAGCAGCUUGUUGCCCCUGGGGCACCUGUUGGGGAUCAUUAGGGAUGCACCAAUCUAGGAUUUGGUUUGGGAUCCAGCCUUUUCAGUAGGAUUCGGCGGAAUCCAUGCCUCCGGCAACAGGGCCUCCCUGUUCUUAGCAACCAGUGUCUGAAUGAGAGACUAAGGGAAUGAAGUGCCUCUUUAGCAUGUUACAUUGUCACAGUAUAUCACUUUAUACUCAAUGAUAAGUCAGGCAUGAACUUUUAUAUUAAAGGGGAAAUGCACCUAUUUAAUAAUAAAAAAAAAGCUAAGUGACCCACCGUUACUGAGAGAUUUAUAUUCAGAGGAAUUUCCAUUGAAGCUGUAGAGUUUGUGGUAUGGGGGGCACUAGUGGAAACAGUGUUGCUUGACGCACCUCUACCCCCCUGCCCUUCCCAUAGGCCAACACAUUGCAAACAUAGGGGGCACAGGUGGGCCGGUAUCUGCCCAAAGCAGGGGGUUUCCCAUAAGUCUCUAUGAGAAGCGGCUCCGGACCAGCACGGGGAUAGUCAGAACAGCCGGGUAGCCCCAAAGUUGCACACACCCCAGUGUGGGGGUUCCAUUCUAUAAGGGGUGGCCCUGUAUGUGAGUAAUAAGGGGGACUCUAUGGCACACACUGGGGAUACCCCCUGAUAGGGCCUUUGUAUAUUUCUACCUUUUCCCUGUUAAUAACAUUGGCAUCAAGCAUCAUUUUCACUGGCCCGGCUGGUAAAAUACCUGGCAGUAGUGAUGCGCGGACCAGCCUGAUACCCGUGGGGCCGGUGGGUUGGACGGGUUUGGGCCGACCUUGGCACACAAUAGGUUUGGGUUGAGCUCCUACUCCCGCUCUCCCUGCCCGCGGCUUUAUAGAUGCGUGCCCCCGCCUCUUUUGUGAUGUCAUGUGCAGGGUGGGCAGAGGGGAGGAGCUGGGUCAGGGGUGGGUCGAGUUUGUAUCAAGCCAUACAUCACUACUCUCGCUGCUACUAGACUGGAUGUGCCGCUUGGGCCACCAGUUUGGCAAAGGCUAUUGCGACAAAGGCUGGUCACCAAGCUAAUUAAAGGGUAACUAACAUAAAAGACAAAAACAUAAGGUAUGUGUCAUGGAAAUAAGAAACAGUGAAACCAUGAGGAAGAGGAGGAGACGCUCAGGGGGAGGAGUCACUGUGCAAUUGCUGAUACACAGCAGGGGCUUCUGGGUACAGGCAGAGAAGCACAACUAUUAUACUGGGAUUCACACAGUUACUACUGGGGCAAAAUGGGAAUUGCUGGGGGCAAAUGAGCCAGAGAUGUGACCCAAAUGGCAGCGGUUCCUGAUAUCCCUAAUGGGCUGAGGAGAAGGAAUAUGGCAGGGGAGUAUUGCUACACACAGGCAUGUGCUUUGCUAAAGGGCCCCGGGCCCCCCAUGUUCCCCUCAAUAAAACAAUUGAAAAAAA